AUGGCUCAGAGCGUGCUUAGACAAUCUAUCAGAUCAAUCAACCCGUUACGUCGAAACUUCAGACCCGUUCUCCCCAUAAUCGCUAGAUCCUUUGGUACUUCUACGUUCGAGAUGUCUGAAUUCAAACAAGCUGAUCACAAAUUAUUGGUCAUCCCCGGUCCAAUCGAGUUCUCCGACCCUGUUCUCUUAGCCAACGCUACACCAGGUACCGCCCAUACCUCACCAGCGUUCAUUCCCGUCUUUGGGGAAUCAUUGAAACUCCUCCGAAAGGUGUUGCUGUCCACCGAAGAAUCGGGCUCUCAACCUAUCCUCAUCGCUGGAUCUGGUACCCUCGGAUGGGACGCUGUUGGAGUCAAUCUCGUGGAGAGGGGCGAUGAGGUCGUGGUGCUUAAUACGGGUUACUUCGGUGACAGUUUUGCUGAAUGCCUCGAGAUUUAUGGGGCUAAGGUAAACCAAGUCAAAGCUGAAGUCGGCAACAUCCCAACCGACGAAGCAAUCAUCUCCGCCCUUUCAUCGAAACCCAAAAUCAUCACCAUCACCCACGUUGACACCUCUACCGGUGUCUUAUCUCCCGCCGCACACAUCGCUUCCCUCGUCAAGAAACACUCGCCCGAGACUCUCAUUGUGCUCGACGCGGUCUGUUCAGUCGCCUCUGAAGAGAUCAAAUUCGAUGAAUGGGGAUUGGACGUCGUUAUCUCGGCUACUCAAAAGGGGUUGGGUGUACCUCCUGGUUUGUCUGUUGUUUUGGCUUCUAAGAGAGCCGUUGAGGUUUCCGAAAAUAGAAAGACCCCUCAACAAGGAUACUACAUCUCAUGGAAGAAGUGGAUCCCAAUCAUGAAGAACUACGAGGCUGGCAAACCAUCGUACUUUGCUACUCCUCCUGUCCAGCUCAUCUACGCUCUCAACACCUCGCUCAAGUCCAUCGUCUCCAAACCGAUCUCAGAACGAGUCGAGGCCCAUAAAGCAGCUUCUAAAUAUAUCAAAGAUGAAUUAUCUGCCAUCGGACUUGAUUUCGUUCCUAAGAGUAGAGAUAUCGCUGCGAACGGUAUGACAGCUGUCAAGUUCCCGAAGGGAUUGCAAGCUCCUGAUGUCUUACCUAAACUUGCCGAACGAGAUAUCGUCGUAGCGGCAGGUCUACACAAAGCCAUCGUCACUGAAUACUUCAGAAUCGGUCAUAUGGGCGUUACAGCCGUUGACAGACAACGAGGUGAUUUGGAGAAAGUCAUAAAAGGCAUUAAAGAGGUUUUGGGAAAGAAUUGA